AUGGCAAUGUGGAAUGAAAUUCAACCAUUGCAAAUAUUCAUGUUCAUCCUUUUUUUUCCUUUUCGCUUCACGAGACAAGGAGAUUUCUCUCAUCAAUUUAUCAUUAAGCAACAUGGAACGGAUCAGAAGAGUAUUCAAAAGGAUUCAAAUGUUACUGAAUCUUAUGUUUUGUUGGAAAUGAAUAUGCUAUCAAUUUUAUUAUUAGCAUUAGGUUCAUUAAAAAACAAUGCAAUGCAGAGAUACUUACCCAUCAAAAAAAUCAUUGUUACUCUGAAAAAUAGCACAUCUCGGGAGGUUUCUAUCAUCACAGCACAUCCACGAGACGCGAACGAGAAAAAAACUUGUGCUUACACCCUCUUGCUACGUCAAAAUGUUUUUAUCAACAUUUUUCCCGUUAUCAACUAUAUUGAUAAUUUUGCCUUGGGCUAUACUUUGUCGAUCAAGCAAUUAAGUAAUUAA